CAAGGUGGCAUCAGUCAUACUAUCAGCCAGUGUCCAGUCAUCUAGCUUGUACUCUACUCUGUGCCUGCCAUAGUCACUGCUAUACCACUCAGACCCAGCUACGAAUCAGUCUGACCAGCUAAUACCCAGCUAGUACCCUGCUAACCUCUCUCUCUCUCCGCAAUUCCCCCCAGCAAAUCACCUCAUCCUACAACCACCACCACCACCACCACCACAACCCACCAUGGCAGACAAGCAUGCCCUCCUCAUGAUCCCAGGACCCAUCGAAUUCUCAGACAAUGUCCUCAAAGCCAUGUCCCACCCAUCCGUCUCCCACGUCGCACCGGCAUUCGCAAAAGUAUUCGGUGAAAACCUCACCCUCCUCCGUCAAAUCUUCCUCACCACCGCACCCGACUCUCAGCCAUUCGUUGUUUCCGGUUCGGGUACCAUGGGUUGGGACUUCGUCGCUGCGAAUAUGGUGGAACCCGGAGAGCAUGUCUUGGUGCUGCAUACAGGAUACUUUGCAGAUUCAUUCGCCGAGUGUUUUGAAUGCUAUGGUGUCCAACCCACCCAACUCAAAGCACCGAUCGGUAGUCGUCCAUCCCUCGAGGAAAUCGAAAAAGCACUUCAACAGAAAAAGUACAAGAUGAUCACCAUCACCCAUACCGAUACCUCCACCGGUGUCCUCUCUGACGUCAAGGGCGUCUCGGCACUCGUCAAGCGUGUCUCACCCGACACCCUCAUUUGUGUGGAUGGUGUGUGUUCGAUUGCUUGUGAGGAACUCCGAUUCGAUGAAUGGGGCGUCGAUGUCGCAUUGACGGCCAGUCAAAAGGCACUCGGUACACCCGCCGGUCUCUGUGUUCUCAUGGUCUCUGGUCGUGGCAUGCAAGCCUAUCAAACCAGAAAGACACCACCAGCAACGUAUUUCGCUAGUUUCAAACGCUGGCUACCCAUCAUGCAAGCCUAUGAACAACAAACUGCAAAAUACUUUGCCACACCAGCCGUUCAGCUCGUUUAUGCCCUCAAUGCCUCCCUCAAGGAAAUUCUACAAGAGAGUAUGGACACACGAUUCAAGCAACAUGCAGACGCAUCAGAUUACGUCAAGGCAGAAUUGACAAAGAUGGGAUUAAAACAACUUGCCGUUGAUCCAGCAUUCGCAGCACAUGGCAUGACGGCCGUGUACACACCCAACAACAUGCCAGUGAGCGAAUGGAUGCCUAAACUCGCGAGCAAAGGUGUUGUCUUUGCCGGUGGUUUGCAUAAAGAAAUCGCAACAAAGUACUUCCGGAUCGGUCAUAUGGGUGUCUCUGUGCUAGACAAGUCGCGUGGUGAUUUAGAGACGGCAUUGACGGCCAUUCGUGAAGCACUCAAGGAGAUUGGGUAUUCAGCUUGACGCCAGGACGAAGCCAAGAGCAGGUUGUGAAAUUGAAAAAGGGGUCUUGCGCUUCGUACUUUGCUAUAUCUAUAUAUCAGUCUACAUUGCAAUAUGUCCACAAUGAACCGUUUCCCG